GCAAGAGUCUCUCUCUCUAUCUCUCAGAGACUCAGACUGUCAGACACACGCAAACACGCAGGCAGGGGGGAACAGAUAUUUUCUUCCCGAGAAAGUGAAAGGGAAAACACUCAAACAAAUGGGGAUAGCAGCCGCGGUUGGGGUUUUGGUGCCGUUCCCAUUUUACUACUUGCUUUGGACCAGACCGCAGUCGUGGGUGGACCUGUGUGGGAAGGGGCGGGACCCAUCAAAGGUGAUGGCCCACGUCUCCCAUUUGCUGAAGCUGGUUCAGUUGGUCUCACUCUUCUCUGUGUCCUCCCUCUCUUGGCCUCCCCCUCUCUACUUCUGGCCCCUCCUCGCCUUUGGCCAGUUCCUCAACUUCAGGGUGUUUCAGUUGCUUGGUGAAUCUGGAACUUACUAUGGAGUUCGCUUUGGAAAGAACAUUCCCUGGGUGACAGAAUUCCCUUUUGGGGUUAUUAGAGAUCCUCAGUACGUAGGAAGCGUUAUGAGUCUUCUUGCAUGUCUUUCUUGGGUGCCCUUGCAAUACAUUCUCCUCUGGUCACUCGGCUAUGCCUUCAUGAUAUAUGUAGAAUCAAAGGAAGAUCUAGCCACUCGGGCAAAGCUAGUCUCAUGAUUUGAUCAUGGAAGAACUAACUGUUCCUCAGAUUGUCCAAGGUAGAUUGUCUAGAGGUGUUUCUUUUCUUUCAGCUCUUUGCUUCUCUUUCUCUUUCUCUUUCUUCUUAAUAAAAAGAGCCGACACCUGAUAUUUUGGACUUUUCUUCCUUAUCAGGGCAUUUCUCUUAUA